AUGGCUCCAGCAGGCACCGCCACCGGCAGCGCGUCCGGCGGCUCAGCCGUACACGACGACGCCGAGGCCAUGGAACUAGGCCACGACAACCUGAUCCGCCGUCGCCACGGCACCGGAGCUGCCGCUGGCGUCGCAGGCGAAGCCGACGACAGGAUCGGCAGUGCCGACGACAGGAUCGGCAGUGCCGCCGCCGCCGCCGCCGCCAGUAAGGAGUUGGCCCCGCCGUCGGUGGAGCAGGCGUUCGCGGACCAGCCCGUGCCGUCGUGGCGGGAGCAGCUGACGGUGCGCGCCUUCGUGGUCGGGGCCCUCCUCUCCGUCGUGUUCAACGUCAUCCUCAUGAAGAUCGACCUCACCACGGGCAUCAACCCGUCGCUCAACGUCUGCGCCAGCCUCCUCAGCUACUUCCUCCUCCGCACCUGGACCAGGGCCAUCGGGUGCAUGGGCUUGCUCAAGCAGCCAUUCACGCGCCAGGAGAACACCAUGAUCCAGACCUGCGUCGUCUCCGCCUACGGCAUCACCUUCACUGGUGGGUUUAGCAGUUAUCUGUAUGGUAUGAGUGGAACUAUUGCUCAGAAGACAGAGGCCAAUGAUCCUCAGGAUAUCAAGGAUCCCCACCUCGGAUGGAUGAUAGGGUUUAUGUUUCUCGUCAGCUUUGUUGGUCUUUUUGCUCUGGUUCCUCUGAGAAAGGUUAUGAUUGUGGAUUACAAACUGACUUACCCAAGUGGAACUGCUACUGCUUACCUCCUCAAUGGAUUCCAUGCACCGCAGGGUACUGAACGCGCAAAGAAACAGGUUAGGACGUUAGGCAAGUACUUCUUCCUUAGUUUCCUUUGGGCAUUCUUCCAGUGGUUCUACACAGCUGGGGAUCACUGCGGAUUUGGCUCUUUCCCAACACUCGGCCUUGAAGCUUAUAAAAACAGGUUCUUUUUUGAUUUCUCACCUACUUAUAUUGGUGUUGGAAUGAUCUGCCCCUAUAUUGUAAAUGUGUCUCUUCUUCUUGGAGGCAUCAUCUCCUGGGGAAUAAUGUGGCCAUUGAUCCGCACAAAGAAAGGAAGUUGGUACCCCAAGACUCUUCCAGAUAGCAGCCUACAUGGACUGCAGGGUUACAGAGUGUUUAUAACCAUAGCAGUAAUUCUUGGGGAUGGCCUGUACAACAUAUUGAAGGUACUUUAUCGCAUAAUAGAAGCCUUCAUAUCAAGGUACAGGAAUAGAAAUACAAACACGCUUCCUGUGUCCAACGAUGGCACCCCUGCUAAUACCACUGAAAUUGAGUCGUUCGACGACAAGCGUCGUCUCGAGGUAUUCAUGAAGGAUCAAAUUCCCAAGACAGUUGCAUUGGGAGGCUAUGUCGUUCUGGCAGCUAUAACAAUUGGUUGUCUCCCUCUCAUAAUCCCACAGCUCAAAUGGUACCAUAUUUUAGCUGCGUACAUCGUUGCACCUGCACUGGCCUUCUGCAAUGCCUAUGGAUGUGGCCUAACAAAUUGGUCCUUCGCAAGUGCCUAUGGUAAACUUGCAAUCUUUAGCUUCGGUGCGUGCGCAGGUGCUUCACAUAGUGGUGUGCUUGUCGGACUGGCUGCAUGUGGUGUGAUGAUGAGCAUUGUGGGAACAGCUGCUGAUCUAAUGCAAGACUUCAAGACUGGGUACCUGACACUGGCCUCGCCAAGGUCCAUGUUCAUAAGCCAAGUGAUAGGCACUGCCAUGGGCUGUGUUAUUGCCCCCUGCGUCUUCUGGCUGUUUUACAAGUCAUUUGAUGUUGGAGCAAGCGAUGGCGCUUACCCAGCACCUUACACAUAUAUGUACCGUAACAUGGCUAUCAUGGGCGUUGAUGGAUUGACCCUUCCAAAGCAUUGCUUCACAUUAUGCUACAUCUUCUUUGCGAUCUCCUUCGGUGUCAAUUUGAUCAAGGACCUGGUGCCGAAGAAGGUAGCGAAGUUCAUCCCCAUCCCCAUGGCAGUAGCCAUUCCUUUCUAUGUUGGAGCCUUCUUCACUAUUGAUAUGUUCUUGGGCUGUAUGAUACUCUUCAUCUGGGAAAGGAAGAAUAAAGCUGAAGCAGACUCGUUCGGACCAGCAGUUGCAUCAGGCUUCAUGUGUGGCGACGGGCUCUGGGCACUACCCGAGGCUAUUCUUUCUCUUGCAAAUGUGAAACCUCCCAUUUGCAUGAAGUUUUUGUCAAGGUCUGUUAAUGCCAAAGUGGACUCUUUCCUUGGGAACUAG